CGGCCAGCAGCUGUGGUUGAUAGUAUUAGUACUAGCAGAAAAGAAGGAGGUGAUGGCCGGGCCAACACCAGCGUUCACGGACUCCUUCCUGGUGGAGGAGAACAACUACGGCGACUUCAUGCGCAUAGUGCGGCAGAACGUGAUCAAGUACUGCAGCGACCGGCGCCCUGGAAUCGUCCAGCCCGUGCUGCCGCCGGAGCAGGCGGUCCCCAGCCGCUGGUUCUACGUCCUCCUCCGUAACACCAAGACCACCUCCAGCUCCCUCACCCUCGCCGUGCGCAUGGACAACCUCUACCUCGUCGGCUUCAAGACCCCGGCCGGGGUGUGGUGGGAGUUCGGCAAAGAGGGCGACACCCGCCUCAUCAGCGGCUCCAGGUGGCUUGGCUUCGGCGGCCGGUACCAGGACCUGAUCGGCCAGAAGGGGCUGGACACCGUCACGCUAGGCCGCGCCCAAAUGGCCCGAGCCGUCCAUGUCCUCGCCAAGCAUGGCACCUCCAAGGCGUGGGAGGAGCCGCGGAUGGCCGAUCCGCAAGCCGAGUCCAAGAGCAUGCUGGCCAAGCUGGUGAUCAUGAUAUGCGAGGGGCUGCGGUUCCUCACCGUGUCUGGCACGGUGGACAAGAAGUUUGACAAGGUGAACCCCACGAUAACCGACGUCGAGGGGAAGCAGGUGAAUAAAUGGGAUAGGAUCUGUGUGGCCGUAUUCAAGUGGGCUAACGAUCCCAAUGCUAAGUUCCCCGAUCUGGAGAAGGUAGGCGUCAAGAAUAAAACCGACGCGGAACGAAUCGUCGUGCUCGUCAAGUAUCAAGCUAGCUAAGCUAUUAGCACGGAUGAGAACAAGAUCAACCAGCUACCUCUGUUAUUCUACUAUUGUGUACGCAUGCAGCAUUCGUGCGUGCUAGUAUCUGUGUACCAAUAAAUACACCCCGGGGCGCGUGUAUGUUCCUUCUUCACAGUCGCGGGGUGCCGGUGUGGCUUUGCAUGAGUA